AUGCUUGGGGGUAUUUAUGGAAACUCAGAGAAUCAGAACGGUCAACAGGGGAGCCAAAAAUGGCUCCCCUCCCACCUUGACUGGGAGUUUGAGCGAACAUGGGACCCUGCGGCGGCGGCUGCAGCACGAAUGGACAUGGGCUGGAACGAUGGGUCAGGCACCAGGAACAGCCGACAGGACGCUCGGGUGGCAUUAGAUGGUGAGGCCGUGGUCUUUGGCACACGUGACGCCAAGACCGCCCACGGUGAGCGGGCGGCUUAA